AUGUGUACACACACGUUGCUGUCAUUUCACUCGUACACGGUGUCCGCGUGUGUUGCAGGUCCCACCCCGCAAGGAACGAAGGCGGGGAAGGCGUUCGCCUUGAAAGGCUCCAAGGUGCCGGGUACGAGGCGUGCGAACUCGAGGGAAAACACCACGAUCGUCUCCACCAUCGGCGCCGAUGGCCACACCCACGACCCCACCAUUUUCUACAAAGGACAGCGCAUACAACCGGAUUGGGUCGCCGACGACAACGGCAUCCCCGGUGCUAGGUACACCGUCACGGAGUCUUCCUUCAUGCACAGCGACGUCUUCCUCAGCUACCUUCGGAACCUCCGCGAACAGCUCAACGCUCGUGGCUUGCAGGGCAAAGUUGCCCUUGUGCUUGAUGGCCACGCCUCGCACACGACCUUCGAAGCCAUCUCCUUGGCGAUUUCUCUGGACAUCGACCUCUUUCAGCUGCCGUCCCACACAUCGCACAUGACCCAGCCCUUGGACGUCAGUACGUUCGGAACCUUGAAGAAGCAGAUGACCAAGGUGCUCAAUGCCUACCCGCUUCAAAACGGAGGGAGGAGUCCGGGAAAGCGUGACAUGGCUGGUGUGAUUGCGCAGGCAUGGGCCGGGAGUUUAACACCUUCGAACAACAUCUCGUCACUCAGAGGGGCGGGCCUAUGGCCGGUGGAUAUGGAGAAGGCACUCGGUCGGCUACACAGCACGAGGAAACGGUCGGCGUCUGACCGCCCGAUCCCGGAGGACCUCGCUAUCGUAACCUCCAAGGAGCAGNGGAGAAUUCGCCGCAACGGCCUGGGAAAGGUAUGCCUGUUGUAA